UAAGCACUUGCAUUCCAAACGCUAUCGACCCAGACUUCCAGGACAUUUCUCCACACUGCAGUAUUCCCUCCAAAUCACCCAGCAUCGGUCAAGCAUCAUAAUGGCCACCCCGCAAAAACAGUCCCCAACACCCAGCGACACACCAUCGCCAGGCUUCAACACCAGCACAGACAGCUCGACCGAGCUCGCCGCCGUAGUCGACGAUCUGCUGCACCAGCUCAACACCAAGUUCACAACCAUCAGCAGCGAUCUGUUGUCGAAGAUGGACGAUAUGUCGCGCCGCCUGGAUAACCUGGAGUCGCAGAUCCAGGCCGGCGAUGGCAAGGGUCCGGGUGCGAGCAAGUAGGCAUUGUCCGCGCGAGAGUCUGCGCUUACGGGGACUGCACCGCCUGCGCCUCCGGUCCCGAGGAAGUCGAUCUGGAGGGGAGUUGGUCACGAUUAGGGCCAGCUGAUGGCGUUCAUUUGGUCAGCGAUGCAGUGCUUGUUGAAGAGGAGUGAUAGAAACAGGUCUCUGGGAGUAUCACGUCUAAUGACUGCAUAGGGAGGCGUAUGGAG